UAUACACAACACAAAAACGUGAAAACAAAAAUUUCACUGAAAAAUGGCCAUAGCUGAAUCCAACGUGGAGUUCCUGAAGAUUAAUUCUCCGGCGUUCUACGGCGGCAUAAGACGGCAUCUCUGGCAGACGCCUAGGGUGGUGGACACCGUGUCAUGCCGCCAGCUGUACUUGAGGAGCGCUUAUACGUUCUCGAGAAAAGAAACUAUUCCUCAGAAAACUAAGAAGUGUCUCGGAAAAGUCAGAGAAAGAGUGGCGAACGGCGGGAAAAAGAAGGGAAAAUCCGGUGGGAGACGGAGGCGCGUGAGGAGGAUCGCGGUGGUGAGGAGAGUGAAGAAAAUUUGUUGUGCGGCGUUGUGCGGUGUUUUCCGAAAGUUGUUAUCGUGCACUGCUACUGUUGAUGUUGUGGAUCAUGAAAGUUAAAAAAAGUUAGUGUUAGUUACAGUAUUUUAUUUUUUUCUCUCUUUUUGUCCUUUUUACCUUUAAUUUUUUUGACUUUUUUUUUGUCUGAGUUAGUAUAAUUUGUAUUCAAAAAAAAAAAAAAAAAGGAAGAGAAGUCUCUGUGUCUUUUUUCUUCGGCCAAA